AUGGCGCUGCUAGAGGGCGUGAUCGCAUUCGACAGGUCCGUCGCGUCGCUCCCAUGGACCAGCCGCGAAGCAGUCACGGAUCUUUUCCGCGCGCAGCUGAAUGGACCACCCGCGGAUGCGCAGCUGAAUGGACAACCCGCGGAGGCGCAGCUGAGCGGACAAUCCGCGGAUGGCGCCGUAUCAUCCGGCGCAACCGAGAUGACAAAAAGCCUGGAGCGUGGCGGAAGUCAACGCGACAAGAACAGCGGCAGUACUAUUGACAGCCCGAAAGAAAUGAACGGAGUUAAAGCCAAGGACAGCUGCAUCGGGAAUGUCGGAAAAGAUGGUGGCAUGGCGGGCGAUAAUGAAGCGGUGGUGGAGUAUUGGAGCGCGCAGAUGGCGGGGCUGCUGGAGGAUCUGCGCUCCGUGCGGAUUGGCGGCGCUGCGGAGAAAACGGGCGGCGCUAAGACAAAGCUGCUGAUUGCAAUGAGUAGGAAAUCGAACGGCACGGCAAUCCACACGACGUGCAUCGAGGGCGUGGUGCACGCGCCGGCUGAUGCUGCACCCGCCAUGUCAUGCGACACUCCCUUCUUCAAGGAAUGCCGGGAGGACGCGCCGCCGCCCCUGCCCGGGCACAUGCGCAUGGGCAUCAGCGGGGGAUAUGCUGUGAAGGACAUGGGCGAAGGCAGGGCGCACAUGAGGUGCAUAUUCACACUGGACCUCAAAUUUCCUCCCACGCUCGUCAACUUCAUCAUCCAGCAGUGCGGUGGAAUUGUGUACCAGUGGUUUACAGAGGAGCUUGCCCGGAUAUACGACGACCCUUCAAGCACCAAAGGGAAGGCGUUUCGCCAGGCUCUCCACGACGAGCCCCUUUACAAUCACGUCCGGGCAGUCAUGGAGAAAUAUCGGGCUGCCCGGGCAGCUGAACAGCAGCAACUGGAGGCCGAGCAGCAGAGGAAGCACCAGGAGCUGGUGGGCGGUCAGAAAAACGGGCAGGCAGCUGGAGAAAGACUCCGUCUAGACAGCAAAGAAGACGAGGAGAAGUCGUUUCGAGAGUUAGGGGCUGAAGUAGAGGCGAAGAUUGAGUCCCUAGUGGCGUCUGUGUCAAGAAGAGCGAGCAGCAAUGGCAGCAUUGCUGGGGAUGGGGUGGAGAUUGUGGAGGCUGGGGAAUGGGGAUGA